ACGGUUUCCCGAAGAAAAGAAUUAAGAAUAUUGGAAGAGUAGUUAGUUGCGUCGCCAACUCAUCGGAAAAAUUUGAAUUUCUGGGCAGAAAGAAAAAAAAGGGAUCAUCACCACCAACAACGACAACAAGGACAGAGUUAAAAGUUCCUGUUCUGUUUUCAGGAACACGAUUUGCAACGCUAAACGUUUUAUUCCGUUUUGCAAAGAACAGAGCAGAGCAACACUCGCAAUAGCGAAUUUUCCCAAAUUGUUGCUGUUCGGUGUUUCUAACCUUUUUUUUCUCUCUCCCAUAUUUUUUCUUUUUUGGCUUUCUCUCUCAUUCUCCCUGUCUUUGAGACUCUGAGGAGGUUUGUUUUUGUUUCUCGUUCGCAACAACCUCAACCUCCUCAUUCAAACCUCGUAAUUUUCGCUUUCAGCCAUGGAAACCUUCGACGUUCCUCGAUUUGGCAAAUGCACCUCUGGAGUUCGUUUUUGAAGGUUGUGUUGAUUGCUCCAACGACCCUUUUCGUUCUUCUUCUCACCCUUUUUCGACUUUAUUAUUUUGAACCACCUCCAGACAAAGAAAAGUUCAUUUUUAUUUUUCAUUUUUAUUGUCAUUUUCCGCGUCAAUUCUGAAAUGGGUUGGUGGAAUCAGGAGAUGGGGUGUUGCUAAUUGAAAAAUCUUGAGUUGUCGGGUAUGAGAGUUUCUGAAUUUGAGGGAAGCGUUGUGAAAUUUGGCUAAUUUUGUUGAUUGAGGUUUUCAAGAUGAUGUUAUCAGCUACAAUGUCUGCUCUAUCGAGGAGUUCGCUGGAGGAGAUGCUUGAGUCGCUUCGCAAGAGAGACGAGGAGGAGAGACCGAAGGACUUGCCGCCGGCAUUGCCGUCGCGGCCGCAGUCGAGGGCGCGGUUGCCUCCGGCGAGGAGGUCGUUGCCUCAUAACUUCAAGGUUGAUGGCGAUAAUGAUCAGAAGGGGCACAAAAGGAAGGGUAGUUUUGGGUCCAAGAAGGUCAAGUUGCGUGUGGAAUCCCCUUAUGCAGUCAUAUCAGAAGAGAAAGUGAGUGAACAACCAUCGUCUCCGGUUCCAACUGCGAAUGAUUCUUCUACUGAUUGUGAAGCUCCUCCUCAGUCUGAGGAGUUGGAGGAUGAUAACGUUGCUUAUUUCAUAAAAAAGAAACUUCAUGUUUGGUGUAGGCAACCAAGAGGGAAAUGGGAGCUGGGAACGAUACAGUCAACUUCUGGAGAGGAAGCAUCUGUUUAUCUCUCAAAUGGAAAUGUUUUGAAAGUAGCCAGGUCAGAUCUCCUACCAGCUAAUCCUGACAUUUUUGAGGGUAUUGAAGAUCUUAUACAGCUCAGUUACUUAAAUGAGCCUUCAGUUCUUCACAAUCUUCAGUAUAGAUAUGCUCAGGAUAUGAUUUAUAGUAAAGCAGGGCCAAUUUUAAUUGCACUCAAUCCUUUCAAAAAUGUCGAAGUUUAUGGCAAUGAUUAUGUUCUAGCUUAUAGGCAGAAACUUACCGAUAGUCCUCAUGUUUAUGCUUUGACAGAUGCAGCUUACAAUGAGAUGAUGACAGGUGAAGUAAAUCAGUCUAUUAUCAUAAGUGGUGAAAGUGGAGCUGGGAAAACAGAGACCGCAAAAAUUGCUAUGCAAUACUUAGCUGCUCUUGGUGGUGGCUGUUCAGGAAUAGAAAAUGAAAUCCUUCAGACAAAUUUUAUUCUAGAGGCUUUUGGGAAUGCAAAAACAUCUAGGAAUGAUAACUCUAGCAGAUUUGGGAAGUUGAUUGAAAUUCAUUUCAGCACAAUGGGGAAAAUUUGUGGUGCAAAAGUUCAAACUUUUCUGUUAGAAAAGUCAAGAGUUGUUCAACUUGCCUUGGGUGAGAGGUCAUAUCACAUAUUUUAUCAACUUUGUGCGGGAUCUUCAUCCAAACUAAAAGAAAGACUGAAUCUUAGGGCGGCUAGCGAAUAUAAAUAUCUUAACCAAAGUGACUGCACAACAAUUGAUGGUGUUGAUGAUGCUAAAAAGUUUAAAAGGCUGAUGAAAGCUUUGGAUGUUAUUCAAAUGUGCAAAGAAGAUCAAGAGCUAGUUUUUAAGAUGCUGGCUGCGAUAUUAUGGUUGGGAAAUAUAGCAUUCCAAGAUAGUGAUAAUGAAAAUCACAUUGAGGUGGUGAAUGAUGAAGCUGUAACGAAUGCUGCUGUGCUAAUGGGGUGCAGUUCUCAGGAGCUAAUGACAGUGUUAUCUACCCAUAAAAUCCAAGCUGGCAAGGAUACUAUUACCAAGAAAUUGACCUUGCGGCAGGCAAUUGAUGCAAGAGAUGCAAUAGCAAAAUUUAUCUAUGCAAGCUUGUUUGACUGGCUUGUAGAACAAGUUAACAAGUCACUUCAAGUAGGUAAACGGUGUACUGGGAGAUCUAUAAGUAUCCUUGAUAUUUAUGGAUUUGAGUCAUUCCAGAAUAACAGCUUUGAACAAUUUUGUAUAAACUACGCCAAUGAGAGGCUUCAACAACAUUUCAAUCGGCAUCUGUUUAAACUUGAGCAGGAGGACUAUGAAUUAGACGGUAUUGAUUGGACUAGAGUAGAGUUUGAGGACAACCAAGUGUGUUUGGAUCUCUUUGAAAAGAAGCCUCUUGGGCUAUUCUCUCUGUUGGACGAGGAAUCUAAUUUCCCCAAGGCCAGUGAUCUAACACUAGCCAACAAACUUAAGCAGCACCUGCACUCUAAUCCUUGCUUUAAAGGGGAAAGAGGCAGGGCUUUUAGUGUCUCUCAUUAUGCUGGGGAGGUUUUGUAUGAUACAAGUGGCUUCCUAGAAAAGAAUAGAGAUCCACUACCAUCUGAUUCCAUUCAACUACUGUCAUCAUGUAGCUGUGAACUGCUUCAGUUGUUCCCCAAGAUGCUUAAUCUGCCUCAGAAGCAAUCAAAUUACUCGCAUGGAGGUGCUCUGGACUCAAAAAAGCAGAGUGUUGGCACUAAGUUCAAGGGUCAAUUGUUCAAGUUGAUGCAUCAGCUGGAGAGCACCACACCUCACUUUAUUCGCUGUAUAAAGCCAAAUACUAAGCAACUUCCUGGAAUAUAUGAACAAGAUCUUGUACUACAACAGCUCAAGUGUUGUGGAGUUUUGGAGGUUGUUAGGAUUUCGAGGGCUGGAUAUCCUACUCGAAUGACACAUCAAGAUUUUUCCAGAAGGUAUGGGUUUCUGCUUGUUGAGGCGAACACAUCUCAGGACCCAUUGAGCAUUUCGGUUGCGGUUUUGCAACAAUUUAAUAUCCCUCCCGAAAUGUACCAAGUUGGCUUCACCAAACUUUAUCUUCGAACUGGGCAGAUUGGGGCACUGGAGGACAGGAGAAAAUAUCUUUUGCAGGGACUACUUGGUAUUCAAAAAAGUUUUCGUGGUUAUCAAGCUCGCCGUCGUUACCAUGAGCUGAAGAAGGGAGUGACUACUUUACAAUCAUGUAAUGUCUGGAUAUCAAUACUAGUUUUGUUUGAGUUGGACGUUCUUAUUUUAUUCUAUCUUUCAUACACACUUUUCUUUAUUUUUAUGCUCAUUUUUAAGUAAAAUAUUUCCAACAAACUUAAUUGAUUGAAACCAAAAAGAAAUAUUGGUGCUUUUCACUUCUACUUUUGAAAAUUAAGAACCGGAGGACCUUAUUGAUAUGGAUUAAGAAAUUUGAGCGAUUAAUCCUGU